AUGUACGUAGAUACAACAUCGAUGGGGCCAACGAUCACAAUUGCGGAUUAUUUUUUCCAUCGAUUGAAACAGCUUGAAGUAUUAACGAUCUUUGGAUUGCCUGGUGAAUUUAACGCACCGCUAAUUGAUAAAUUAUAUGGAAUUGAAGGAUUGAGAUGGGCAGGUAACACAAAUGAAUUGAAUGCUGCUUAUGCUGCCGAUGGAUACGCUAGACUAAAAGGUCUCGGAUGCAUCAUAUCGACCUUCGGUGUCGGUGAACUUAGUGCCAUUAAUGGAAUUGCAGGAUCAUAUGCGGAGCACGUUGGGUUACUACAUGUUGUUGGUAUGCCACCUACUAGUGCCCAGACGAGGCAACUGCUACUGCAUCAUACUUUGGGUAAUGGUGAUUAUACAGUGUUUCAUAGAAUGGCGACAGAGGUGAGUUGUCAUUCUGCAGUAAUUAUCGAUACUGAAUUAUGUGCGCAAGAAGUUGAUGAAUGCAUUAGAAACGCAUAUAUUUUCCAAAGACCAGUAUACAUGGGGAUUCCAGUGAACUUAGUAAGCAUGCCAGUAGAUUCUGAUAGACUUAACGAACCUAUUGAUCUCAGCGUCCCGCCAAAUGAUACAUCCAAGGAAAACGAGGUGAUAGACCAGAUCUUAACACAUUUCUAUAAAGCUACUAAUCCCGUCAUUGUAGCAGAUGCAUGUGUUACUAGACAUAGAAUUGAGGCCGAAACAGAAGAACUGUGUCGAAGAACUAAGUUCCCACUGUUCGUUACCCCGAUGGGUAAAGGUUCUGUGGAUGAAGGUCUACCACAAUUUGGUGGUGUUUAUACGGGCUCCAUUUCAUCGCCUUCCGUUAGAGAAGUAGUUGAUUUUGCAGAUUGCCUCAUCGUUAUUGGUUGUAUGCUGGCAGAUUUCGAAACUACUACGUUCCACUUCAAUUACAGGGCCAAUGAAUUGGUGCUACUUUAUCCAACAUCAGUUAAAUUUAAGCAUGCCACAUAUCCUGAUCUUAGCAUCAAACCGUUGUUACAUUCAUUGCUAGCAAACUUGCAAGAAAGGCAAUUGAGCUACCAAUGGCAACCUAGACCACGAAUGGUCAUUCCAAAGCUAGAACUACCAACAACACAUCCGUUAAGACAAGAAUGGGUUUGGAAUCAAAUAUCUCAAUGGUUUAUGGAAGGUGACGUUAUCAUCACUGAAACUGGUACUUCAGCCUUUGGUAUUAAUCAAACUAAUUUCCCUCCUCAUACUUUGGGUAUAUCACAAGCACUUUGGGGAUCCGUCGGUUAUUCAUUGGGUGCCUGUUUGGGAGCCGCCAUGGCAGUUGAUGAGAAGCCGAGAACGCAUAGAGUGGUGCUCUUUGUUGGUGAUGGUGCAUUCCAAUUGACCGCUCAAGAACUUUCCACUGUGAUCCGUUGGGGGCUUACACCUUAUAUAUUUAUCAUGAACAAUCAAGGUUAUUCGGUUGAUAGAUUUUUGCAUUCAAAUGCAAGUUACUACGAUAUUCAACAAUGGAAUUAUUCUACUUUACCAUCAGUCUUUGGUGCUAAGGACUACGAAUCUCGAAAGAUAAUUACAGUUGGCGAUUUUCAAUCGAUGGUGAAUGAUCCAGCUUUUUCCGUUGGUGAUAGAAUUCGCAUUUUAGAGAUUAUGCUACCACCAAUGGAUGUACCGCAAGCGCUGAGGGAAAAAUGGAUUCGGGAAGAAAAGAGAGACCAAGAGAGGCGUGCAAGCGUUGAAUCGGUGAAAAGGUUGAAAUUGGGCCCAUAG